AUGGAGUUUACAGGACAAAAUCCUCCACAAAGGAAUCACACUACACUGGUGGAAUUUCUCUUCCUUGGUUUUUCUGAUAUUCCUAAUAUACAAGAGUUUCUUUUUUGGUUGUUUCUGAUAAUCUAUAUAAUUAUUCUGAUGGGAAAUAGCCUCAUUAUCAUAAUAACCCAUGUUGAGCCUUCUCUCCAGAACCCCAUGUAUUUUUUUCUUGGGAAUUUUUCCUUUUUGGAAAUAUGUUAUGUGUCAGUCACUGUCCCAAGAUUAUUAACAGACCUCUGUAGACAAACCAGAAAUAUUUCCUUUGUAGCCUGUGCUACUCAAAUGUACUUCUUUCUGGUCUUUGGAGCUACUGAGUGCUUUAUCCUGACUGCAAUGGCUUAUGACAGGUAUGUAGCCAUUUGUAGCCCCCUGCUCUAUUCCAUCAUCAUGAACCAUAGGCUGUGUAUCCAACUGGCCACAGGCUGUUGGGUCAGUGGGAUCCCAGUACACAUGGGGUUCACCUACUUGAUCUUCUCCCUACCUUUCUGUGGCCCUAACCAGCUGAAUCACUUUUUCUGUGACAUACCUCCUGUGCUUACACUGGCCUGUGGGGACACUCUUGUGAUUGAGAUGUUGAUUUAUGUGAUUGCUCUUCUAGUUGUCACUAUUCCUUUUAUAUUGAUACUUGGAUCUUAUGUAAGAAUAAUCUCCACCAUUCUGAAGCUACCAUCAGCAACUGGACGACGAAAGGCCUUCUCCACCUGUUCCUCCCACCUCAUGGUUGUGGCUUUAUUCUUCGGAUCAGGCAUCAUUACGUAUUUGAGACCAAAGUCUAGUCAUUCAGCAGGAACGGACAAAUUCCUUUCUCUUUUCUAUACUAUUGUGACACCAAUGUUUAAUCCAAUGAUAUAUUGUUUGAGAAACAAAGAUUUUAUGGCGGCACUGAAAAAAUUGCAUCUUAAAUGGAUUGUGUUAUGA